GUUCCUCAAGGGCUGUUUCUCAGGUAACGGUGCAAUAAAACCAGGAAUUGUACUUUGACCUGUACUUUAGCUUUAGACAGGCUACUUCAGGCUAGAAAGUUUAUCAAACAGAUGGGAAGUUCUUUACAGAGUGUGUAAAUCUUUAGAAUACACUUCUCGUAUCUAAACUCAGCUGUACUGAUGCGGUUUAAAAAGCUGUUUCUAUUUAUUCUUAAAGAGCUGAACUGAAGCACGAAGACAGAGUGCAGGUGAAAGUGAAAGCAGGGAAAUGAAGCUGAGAUUUCUUGGGAGGACCUGUCUCGUUGUCUUGAGUUUGCUACCAGCUGUUUCUACACAGAGAGGUGGAUGGCGUGUUGUUGGCUCUGAUCAGCCUGUCAUUGCUGAUCCUGGUGAUGAUGUCAUCCUGCCCUGUCACAUUUCACCCAGAGUCAGUGCUGUGGACAUGGAAGUGAGGUGGUACAGGGACAGAUUCGACACGCCUGUUCAUUUAUAUCUGAACCAAAGGGAUCAGCUCAGCAGACAGGACAGUGACUACCGGGGCCGCACUGCUCUCUCUCCCUCUGCACUGGAAACAGGCGAUAUCUCACUGAGACUGAGAUACAUCCGGCCCUCUGAUAGAGGCGUCUAUACCUGCUUUGCUGAUGAUGGAAGUCAGUAUGAAGAAGGACAGGCUAAAGUGAUAGUCGCAGCUCUGGGGACCCAGCCCUCAAUCUCUAUGGACUCUACACAAGGAGAGCAGACCCAUCUGGUGUGCAGAUCAGAGGGGUGGGACCCUGAACCUGAAGUGAUCUGGAGAGACAGGGAUGGAAACGAUGUGACAUCACAGUCCAACACAACACUGCUGAGAGUCAGUCAGGGGCUCUGCAGUGUCAGCAGCUACAUCAAAAUCAAACAGCAGUCCAACGUGUUCUCCUGUCUGGUUAGAAGUAAAAUACCAAAACCAGACUGGGAAUCCAAACUCCACAUAUCCAGUGAUUUUUUCCCAGGAGUCUCUGGAUGGAUGGUGGCUUUCUUCUUGACUUUAGCUCUCAGUAUUGGAGCCAUUCCUCUGCUGGUGAUCCAAUGGAGAAGAAUGGAUGCCAUGGAGAGAAAGCUUGAGCCUAUGGCUGCUCUGUAUCUCUAUCAGAACCUUCGUAAGGAACUUGAGUCUGUGAGACGCGUCCUUAAAUCAGAAUGGAAGUGGAUCCUCAGCUCAGCAGUUGAUGUGACUCUGGACCAUGAUACAGCACAGCCCCGGCUCAUCCUGUCUGCAGAGGGGAAACGAGUGAGACUGGGAGAGACACGGCAGGAUCUCCCUGACAAUCCAGAGAGAUUUGAUCACAGGCUCUGUGUGCUGGGCAGGGAGGGCUUCACCUCGGGGAGAUGCUACUGGCAGGUGCAGGUGGGGGAGAAUACAGCGUGGAUAUUAGGAGUCAGCAGAAUGUCUGCCCCGAGGAAGGGGUGGAUCAGCAUGACCCCCCAGCGGGGUUACUGGACUGUGGAGGGGUGGAGUGGAGGUGAGUUCACUGCUCUCACUGACCCCGAGACCCCCCUCCCCCGGAGCCUGAAGCCCCAGAAGCUGGGGGUGUAUCUGGAUUACGAGGAAGGGCAGCUCUCCUUUUACAAUGUGGAGACCAGAUCUCACAUCUACACUUUCACUGACAUGGAGUUCAAUCCCAAUGAGAAACUCUAUCCAUUCUUCUGUACUGGUUACAAGAAUACAGACCUUGUGCUGGAGUCCCCUGACCCUGUCAGCGCUGCAGAUUAAACACACAUUGCUGUCUGAACCAGGAAACUAUUCAAACAGCUCAGACAAUCUCCUCUUCACUUUCACUGACACUCUCUCUGCACUCUUCUGGGCUGAUGAGAAGAAAUCCUCUCUCUUCCACCCUCUUACCCUGAGCCCCCCCUCUUUAUUUCUCUACACCCCCUUUCCUACUCUCCCUUUCUGUCUGCCUCUUUCCCCUCCACCUAUCCAUCUCCAGAUCCCUCUUUCUCUCCUCUUCUGCUCUCCUCUUCCUCCCCUAUGAUAUGUUAAUCCCCUCCAUCUCUCAACACUGCCCUCUACUCUUCCUCUAUCCUCUCCCUCUCCCCCUCCUCUCCUCUCUCCUCCCCUGCCAUCUCUACUCCCCCUCUCCUCUCUCUCUGAAUCGUAUUUAGUCAUAUACUUGUACUUUUUAGAACUGAAGUCAUUGUAUUUUAUCUUGCUCUUAUAUGUAUGAAUACUUGUACUGUGAUUCUUGAAAUGUAUUUUUGUUUACGAUUGUAAGUCACUGUGGGUAACGGCGUCUGUGUCCUCAGAAGGCUCUGAUUAUAUUACGAUUACUAUCAGGAUCAUAUAACAAGUACUGCUUUAUUACAAAUUGAGCAGAAACUGCAUUUUUGUAUUAAGCUUUAAAAUUGCAUCACUGCUGCUGCAAAUAAUAGAGUUAACACCUAAAACUAGUGUGUCCUCAGAAUUAGCAUGUGCCUUGUUUUAUGGUCAUUCCUUACUCAGCAAUGCGACCAUAGCUUCACUCUAAUAUGAAAUCCAUUUAAUGUAAUUCAAAAUGUUUCUGGUAAAAGAUACUGACAGGCUUGUGGACUGAGGCAGUACUGAAACUUUCAGUUCAUUAUUAUGAAAACAAUAAAUAAAAAAUGGGUGUAUACUACAGCCGGUAGAGGGUGUCAAGUGUUUUAAAAAAAUACUAUUUGCAAAAUAGUAUUUACUAAUUUCUAUUUAAAAUACAUGUCUGGCAACCUAUUUUCUAUUUGUAUUUUAAAUAAAUAUGGAGAC